AUGACCUGGAUCGGGCAUGUCGGUAAGUGGGAGCAGAAGGCACAGUCAAAACAGCAGGUCAGCGGCGAGGCGAUAAUUCAUCUCCCGUAUCCGCGGCAGUUUAUCGUGGAUGGCACGCUGCGACAGUCGUUCUUUGCCAGCCAUUCCGAUUCUCUGAAUCUGUUCUGGGACCUGGUGUUUGUCGGUGCAAUCCAACGAACCUCGCAUGUCCUGUUUGUGGAGUCUGGUGGCAAUGAAGGUUCUGCAGCCAAAUACACACUCAGCAUUACUGGCGUGUCCCUCGGAUACUACAUGAUUAUAUACUUCCUGAUGUGGAAGACAUGGGUCAUUAUCGAGCGCUGGUCGCAGAUAUUUGGUGCCAACGACAUACUUCAUCGUCUCAUCAUCGUCUGGGAGAUGUGUCUUGUUGUUGGCAUGGGCUCGGAGCUAGAUGUCCUGUACAGAGUCAACAAUACUGUUUUCGUAGGCUGCUUCUGUCUUGCGCGCUUGACAAUUGUGCUGCUUUUUGCCAUGUCUAUGCUCUACCUGCCAAUGUUCCGCAGAGAUCUGCUCCUGAAUAUCGUGGUGCAGACCAUCCCAAUCAUCAUCUGGUUUGGGAGUAUUUGGGCACGCGUUGAACGCCAAUGGGCUUUCUAUCUGGCUGCCUCAAUAGCAGAGCUCUUCUUCAGCCUUGGUAUGCUUUCCAUCCGCAGACUUGUUAGCCACUUUAAUCUCAGCUGGCGUUACCACCUGGCCAUGGAUGUUAACCGGACCUCCAAGCGAUUCGGCGAGUUCAUAAUGCUCACCCUCGGCGAAUAUGUACUCAAUAGCUUUAUCCGUGGGAAUGGCGAUAUGGAUAGUCGUCUGGGCCGCGCUGCGCUGGGAAUGAUUGUUGUCUCGUGUCUGCACUGGACCUACUUCCACAGCGAAGGAUCACGCUUGAGUCAACAUGCAUUGACCCGGUCAUGGGUGACAAGCACAGCAUGGCUGCUCUUGCACCCGCUGCUGGGCAGCCUGCUUGUAAUUGGAUGCUCCUCACUGUCGCGCCUUGUCAAAGAGGAUGAAGAAGGCGAGAAUCCAGCUGCUGUCGCGUGGGCGUUCUGUGGAGGCAUGGGCGGCGCAUACAUUACCUUGGCGCUUCUGGGGUUCACUCACCGUAGUCUCGAUGAAAUCCACUACACAUAUGUCUCCAAGCCAGUUAGGCUAGGCGUCCGGAUCGUUGUCGGGACAAUGAUUUGCUUGCUUGGGCUCGGCCACACACGUUUGGACAAGCGAAUGUACAUUCCGCUAAUUGUGGCUAUUGUAGCGUUCUUGCUGAUGCUGUUCGAGAUGGCUGGCCGUCUCAAGCGCCGUGUGGACAAUACCGACGAUCCCUACAAUUCGGAGUUUGCUGAACAGGAAAACAAUCUGCCCCUUGCUCCAGCCCCGCUCAAGAGAGCCAGACGUAUCUUGAAUGACUAUAGCUGCUGUGGAGUAGAAUCCGAGACAUGUUCGGCGUCGCAGGCAGGAUCUGCUCCACCAAUGAAGCCCGUGCUCAUCAACGAUGUUAUCAGCAGCAUCAGCCAGCUAGACCGUCCAAGCCCAAGGCAGCCGAUGCUGCCCCAGCGCGCCACUGAUCUAAAUGCCGAAACUGUCGAAGAGUGCCCGGAACACACUCCAGUAGUUAACAGGUCUACCAGCCCACAAAGGCACGAUCCGUCUGCUAGUCCCGCUGUAGCACGCUGGCAUAGAGCAAUACUGGUGACCCAGAUCGGCAUCCGUGCUGGUCGGCAGCACACCCACAACUAUGAUGCCAAGAAUGUCCCUGGUGCUGCCUCGUGUCUCUAG